UCCCUCGCAUCCAUCGCCCCGCCUCCCCACUCGAUCAUCACCCAGAUCCCGCCCAGCGCCCUCGCCGAACUGCUCAUCCCCUCGCGCCGCAGCGCGCUGGCCAGCGACUUCAGCAAGGGCGCCACGCCGGCGUGGUACGGGGCGCUUCCGACGGAGGUGAAGCGAUAUAUCUCCUAUGUCAAGGAGGAGAUUGCA